UAGAAAGCCCCGACAAAGAACCUUAAACAAAUGGCAAAAAAAAAAAAAAAAAAAAAAAAAAAACUUAAACAAAUGGCAUGUUAAACCCCACGGCAAUCGGCAGCUCUAUUCCCGGCCAUCAACCACUAUGCGGCACCUUCUCACGGCCUUGCGCCGCCCUCCCCGCCGCCGCGCCAUUCUCCAAUUGGCGAAUUACAAGCCGCAGAAUCCGCAGGCGGCUCCCUCUCCGCCGUCACUGCCGAAGCCCCCUAAGAAGCCGGUGAGUUUCUCCCUGCACGGGGAGUCGUGGUCGGACGACUAUAACUGGAUGUCGCAGCUGAGUGACAGGGUGGCGAUGCGCCACAUGGACGUCUACAUGGAGCAGGAGGAGAAGUAUACUGAAGCCGUCAUGUCCAACACUGAUCGACUCCAGUCCAAGCUCCAUGCUGAGAUGGCCUCCCGCUUCGCCGCCGACCUCUCCACCCCUUCCCUCCGUUGGGGUCCCUGGCUGUACUACAGGCGUGUUGAAGAAGGAAUGCAGUACUCGGUAUUAUGUAGGAGACUGGCCAGUCUUAAUGAAGAGUUCAUAUCUAACAAGUCUCCAUCAGCUGGAUUUGAUUUCACGUCUGGAAAGAAAAUUGAGCAGAAGCUCCUUGACUACAACAAAGAAGCUGAAAGAUUUGGAGGUUAUGCAUAUGAAGAACUAUCAGAAGUCUCACCUGAUCACCGAUAUCUUGCAUACACUAUGUAUGACAAGGAUAAUGACCACUUCAAACUAUCUGUUAGAGAUUUGAAUAGUGGGUUGCUUUGUAAUAAACCUCAAGCUGACCGGGUUUCCAGUAUAGCUUGGGCCAAAAAUGGGCAAGCAUUACUUUAUGCUGUGACGGAUGAUAAGAAGAGACCAUUUAGGAUCUACUGUAUAAUGCUUGGUUCAGAUGCUGAGGAUGUAAUGAUUCUGGAGGAACCUCAAGAAAACGUCCAUCUGACUGUAAGGCACACCAAAGACUUCCAAUUUUUGACUGUGAACCUAUUCACGACCCAGACUUCAAAGGUAUUUUUAUUAAAUGCAGCCAACCCUUUAUCUGAAAUGACACUUGUCUGGGAAGGAGAACCGAACUCCCAUUGCAGUAUUGAGCACCAUCAAGGAUAUCUCUACCUCUUUACAAAUGCCGCUUUGCAGGGGCAACCUGUUGAUAACCAUUAUCUUUUGUGUAGUCCUGUUGCUUCUUCAUGUAUUCCUAGGAAUUGGCAGAAUGUUUUUUCCCAUGACCAGCAGAUGAGUAUUGUAGAUGUUGAUUUCUGCAGCACUCAUUUGGUACUUAUAGUGAGGAAUGGGCGAAAAUAUGAAUUGUAUUCUCUUUCUUUACCUUUAGAUAGAAACAAGGUUGGAGCUCUUCUCAAAGACUUCAAUCUACAAAGCUUGCCUCUUCCAGAUCAUGUAGCCCAAAUAUUGCCUGGAUCGAAUUAUGACUUCUAUUCUUCAACCAUGCGCUUUACAGUAUCAUCACCAGUGAUGCCAGAUGCAGUGGUUGAUUAUGAUUUGCUAAGUGGAAAAUGGACUAUUGUUCAACAGCAAAACUUGCUUUACGAACGGACACGAGUUCUAUAUGGCUCGUCAGCUGCUGUUAGCAGUAGUAGAAAGACAUCUAUAUCAAAAAACAUCUGUGCCGAUAAUGCUGAAGAUGAUAGGGCCUGGAACGACCUCUCUGAGUAUUAUGCUUGUGAAGAGUAUGACGUUCCUUCACAUGACGGGGUUUCAGUUCCACUUACCAUACUUUAUUCACGCCAUAAGAAGAUAACAAGGGAAAAUCCUGGAUUACUUCAUGGACAUGGAGCUUAUGGGGAGAUACUCGAUAAAAGAUGGCGAAAUGAGCUCAAAAGCCUUCUUGAUCGCGGUUGGGUUAUUGCUUAUGCUGAUGUUAGAGGCGGAGGUGGCGGAGGUAGAAAAUGGUGUUAUGAUGGCAGGAGAACUAAGACGCUCAAUUCGGUUAAGGAUUAUAUAUCAUGUGCGAAGUUUCUGAUUGAAAGGGAGAUUGUUGGAGAAACCAAACUGGCUGGCUGGGGAUACAGUGCUGGAGGAUUGUUAGUUGCUUCAGCUCUAAACUUUCGUCCAGAUUUAUUUCGAGCUGCUGUUUUGAAGGUGCCAUUUUUAGACCCAACACACACCCUGCUGCUUCCUGUCUUACCACUUACACCUAAUGACUAUGAGGAGUUUGGAUACCCUGGGGACAUUGAAGAUUUCCUGGCCAUCCGAGAAUUUUCUCCCUACGAUAAUAUCCGGAAAGAUGCAGUAUAUCCUUCUACUCUGGUGACGUCAUCUUUCAGUACAAGGUUUGGAGUAUGGGAAUCAGCAAAAUGGGUUGCACGACUUAGGGAGUAUACUGUUCAUGACCCUAGUCGUCCGGUACUUCUUAAUUUAACAACUGAUAUAGUGGAGGAGAACAGAUAUUUGCACUGCAAAGAGGCAGCACUGGAGAGUGCUUUUCUUAUCAAGUUUGUAGAUGACCAGUCAUAAUCAAGCGAAUCAUUUAUACAGCUUUGCCUCUCAUCACCUCACAUCUGCUAUGUAAGGACUUGUGGCUUCACUCAGAUGGGAGACCCUUUUCUUACCUAGUGGAAAUCUGGCUUACCAUGCACCAUAUGUUGAACGUUGGAAAUGAGUUUAAGCGAAUCAUGAACGGGUCUCAUGGCAUGGUUGGUGAUCGUGAUCUGUUCCUCUUUUAUCAGAACAGAGUUUACGAAGUAUGUUCUCUUUUGUAGUACUUGAAACCAGCAAAGCUCACUCACCACAAAUAUUGCUUCUCUGUCCACAAAAUUGAAACAGUUGAGUUCACAGAUGGCAGUGUAGGUAUUGGCGUUGACAAGUUUCUUUUGUAGUAGUAUACAUUCUUUAAUACAGAUCACAUUUUAUGCUUCGCCUUUUACA